CUCCCCCCGCCUUGGGAAAGGAGGAGAGCAGCGCGCCACCUUGCCGCCAUUGGGUUCCAGCGCGUCCUUGGGACUUCUCAGCCUUUGGGAGCCUGGACCCCCGCAAGCAUGACUGUCAAGAAGAUCGCCAUCUUCGGUGCCACCGGCAGGACCGGGCUCACCACACUGGCGCAGGCGGUGGAAGCAGGUUAUGAGGUGACGGUGCUGGUUCGAGACUCCAGCAGGCUGCCGUCCGAGGGGCCCCAGCCAGCCCAUGUGGUGGUAGGGGACGUUCGGGAGGCGGCCGACGUGGACAAGGCUGUGGCUGGGCAGGACGCGGUGAUCGUGCUGCUGGGCACCCGCAACGACCUCAGUCCCACCACAGUAAUGUCCGAGGGCACCCGGAACAUAGUGGCAGCCAUGAAGGCACAUGGAGUGGACAAGGUCGUGGCCUGCACCUCGGCCUUCCUGCUAUGGGACCCAACCAAGGUGCCUCCACGCCUGCAGGACGUGACCGAUGACCACAUCCGGAUGCAUAAGUUGCUGCAGGAGUCGGGCCUGAAGUACGUGGCCGUGAUGCCCCCCCACAUAGGGGACCAGCCACUAACUGGGGCCUACACGGUGACCCUGGAUGGACGAGGGCCCUCGAGGGUCAUAUCCAAGCAUGACCUGGGCCACUUCAUGCUACGUUGUCUCACCACCACCGAGUAUGACGGGCACAACACCUACCCCUCCCACCAGUAUGAGUAGGGCCCUGGCCCUGGCGGGACGGUGGCACCCUGAGAAAUAACACACAUGGAGGGAUCAAUAAAUUUUCAGCCAAGAGCUUCAAAUUAUUUCAGAAA